AUUCCUGUUAGAAAAAAAAAACAAAAAAUCUCAUUUUUUAUUCACAAAAAAAAGAAGAGCAACAACAUCAAUAAUAAUAAUAAUAAUACGAUCACUUCCUACAAUAAAAUAUUUCUAUUAGCUCUCUUCCUUUCCAUGUCCUGCCUAUCUACAAUUUACUAUUAUUAAAAUAUUUUUUUUCUUCAAAGAUCCUUCCGUCUUCCUCUUCUUGCUGCUCUUCCUUUUUUUUCUGCAACAAAAAAAUAAAUUAUUUUCGGUUCUUUAAAUUCUACAACAUGCAACAUUCGUGUGACCAUGUGACACACCACACAAUACAUUUAAAACAAAUGCAAUUGCCACAACACACAUAAAACAUUUCUUAUGUCUGUUGUGGACACAUGUGCUUGUGUCACUCACACAUAUGAAGUAAGUAAUACGAUAAUUAAAGUAGAAAGAAGGAAUAGAAAAGUUUUUUAUUUUAGUCUUGAAAUAUUUCUCGAGUCGAGUGGACGUUACGUCUUCGUGUGACUUAAUUUUUUCUGCCUGAUUCUGAAAAGAUUUUGAAAUUCUUUGUUGUUUUUUUUUGUUGUCAUUCGCGUUGUAACUUUUAUUAUUUUAGUAACGAAAAAAAAAAAAUGAACUGUAAAAUGCGGAAAAAAUAUCGAUAAAAUAUUUUAUUAAAAUAUUUAUUGCGUGAUACUAAGUGUAAUUAAUAAUUCAUCAAUUCUGCUGACUGCAUAUAAAAGGAAAAUUGUUGUUGUAGAAAAAAAUCACUAUAGUGGAAGUGAAUACACACGUAGAAAAAAAUAAUAAUAAAAUAAUCGUAAAGUGAUCGUUAAAAAGGGUCAAAUUGUAAUCUGGUAGGGAACAACAAAUCACCCACAAAGAAAUAAUUAUUAUUAUUACUUAAAUUAUUCAUGUUGUCGGUUUGAAAUGAGAAAAUUGAAAAUAUUAAGUCUAAUUACGAGUAAACACAGAAUGAACAUAAUGUGAGAUAAUGCAACAUAAUUGGGAAAAGAAAUGACAAAAGCUUGAAUCACGACAUUCAGCAACUAGUGUUGGUUUACCGUCAAGAAUUGUGAUACAAAGGUGACGAUUUAAAGGUCGAGUGUUUAAGUUUUCUAGUGAAAAAUAAUAAUUUUAAUAACGAAUUUUUAAAAUUCAAAUUUUAACGGACUUUUAAGAUUUGAAAUAAAAUUUGAACGAAAGAAAAACUCAAAAGAUAAAAUUCAACGGACAAAACCAAAAUUUUAUCUUAAAACUCAAAGUGCAGCGACAAGAAAAUAUUCCGAAAAAACUCAAUUCUGUUCAUACAGACGCGAAACACAAGAAAACGAUCGAGAGAACUAACUUGUGAAUCCGGUUUUUGAAUUUGAAUUGGUUAACGAAAGAAGAAGAAAACAAAUCGUUUCGCUGGUGUAGUGUUGUGCCUUUGUUGUGCCUCGUUGUGAUUAUUUACCUUCUGAACUCAACUUGAGUUACUUUUUUUUACUACGAGGCUUGCUAUUUGCCGUGCCUUUUUUUACUGCUGCCUGAUAUUUUUUCUCUUCUUCACUGCGGAGCACACAAAAGUGUGAAAUAAGAGCGCGCAAAAAAAAAUCCAGCAUCACAAAAAAAUUAAUUUAUAAUCAGGAACAUGUUUUGGAAUUCAUUGGUUUUUGGUUGACGAAAAUUGAACGAUAACAAUAAGCAAGAAAAUAUUGAUAUCACAAAAAAACUGGCGAAAAUAAACUAAACUGAAUGUAAGGAACAAUAUAAGAGUGAUAAAGCUGAUAUAGAGAAGGCUGAUAAGGACUUACAAACACGCUUAUUAUAAGUGAUUAAAGGGAAGAAAAAUUAAAUAAUUAUAAUGGCACUGAUACUGCAGACAGCUGACCAAACAUUUGGUGAUGAUUCAUCGCGUCGUCGAUCGACAUUUUAUGUCGCAUUAUCAACGGAAGACUUGACAUCACGUGAGGAUGAUGAUGAUGUGAAGAAGUCAAAUGAAAAUAUUUAUAAUCCAAAUUUAAGUGGAUAUUCAUGUGAUUGGAGCCUUAAUGACUCAAUUGAGAGUUCCGAUAUAUUAAGAGAGAAAUCAAAUUACACAUCAGAUGAUAGUAAUCGAUUAAAGCGUUAUGGGAUUGUAUUGAAUGGAAGUGUAAAUAUAGACGAUAGUAAUUUAGAAGUUCAUGCAAAUCACAAACGUACAAAGACCAAAAACAUUACAUCCUCAACGCCAAUAAAGGAAAUUGUAAAAUGUAAAGAAAUCGUUGAGACUUUAGUGCCCAUAACAGUCACAAUAACCAGUCCAAUAAAGGAAAAAUCAAAGACAUUGCCGGUGAAAGAAUCACAGCCGCAAACAUUUCCACCCAAAAAUUCAUUCAUUCUCAAGUCAACACCAAAAAUAUCAUCGUCAAUCAACUACACAUCACUCUCAGAUUCAUCGGCUCUAUUUCCACACGAACAUAAGCCAACUGCAACGCCAAAGAAGUCAUUGAGCUUCAUCCGGCGUACACAUUCGACAAAAUUAUCACGUAACAAUUCGCUACUCAAAUCGCUGACGUCGAAAUGUGUUGAGCAUUCAAAUGAGAGUCUACCGGUAAAUGUAUAUGACUUGUCAGUCGAGAGACUUGAAUUGUAUUUAAAGGCUGAGAAUUGUGAUGACUUGAUGAAGGAGCUGUUCUUACGUGAACCACUUGAUAUAUCGUCGUCGGAUAGUUGCGAGAAAAAUAAUAAUAAUAAUAAUAAUAAUACUAAUCAUAAUAAUAAGGAGAACGAGGACGACGAUGACGUGCAUUCUGACACAUCUUAUGAGAAAGCAUGCAGACGCGGAUCAGCUCCCAGCACACCGAUGCUUACUCAAAAACCUGAAUCAUCAACCUCACGAUUCACGAUAUUUUUCUCAAAACGUCUGAGCUCGUUUAGAUCAAAUCCAUUAAAACGCACAAAAUCGGUGACAAAAUUGGAGAGAACGAAACGAGGAAAUGGAAGUGGUGGAGGAAUUCGUGGAUCACGAUCGCAUGAGAGUCUCUUAUCCAAUCAUGCUGUAAUGUCGACAAUCGAUUUAUCAGUGAUUGGCGCUGUAGGUGUUGCGCCUGUUCAUUCAUCCGUUCUCGGACGACGUCAUUGUUUUCAAGUUCGUGGAGGACCACGUGGUGAACGCUAUUACAGCUGUGGCUCACGUCAAGAACGUGACCUUUGGAUUUAUAGUCUAAGAAAAUCAAUUCAACCAAAUGCUGAAAGUAUUCGACGAACAGACAACUCAUUAAAAAUGUGGAUUUAUGAGGGGAAAGCACUGCCACCAAAGAAAAAAUAUUUUUGUGAGAUAUGCCUCGAUAAGACACUUUAUGGACGAACGUCGGUGAAACUUAGAACCGAUUUAUUAUUUUGGGGUGAACAUUUUGAUUUUCCUGACAUACCCGAAAUUAAUGUCAUUUAUGUCAACGUAUUUCGAGAAUGUGAAAAGAAGAAGAAACGUGAUAAGCAUGUCCUGGUUGGUACUGUAAAAAUUCCAAUACACGAAGUCACAAGUCGGACAUUUUCGGAAGAUUGGUAUCCAAUUAUAGCCGAUAAGCAUGAUAGUUUAAGUAAGAAUUCAACAAAGGAACCAAUACCAACAUUGAGGAUUAAGUGUCGAUUUCAGAGUAUUGAUAUUCUACCAAUAGAUGUAUAUUCACCGUUUCAAGCAUAUCUCAAGGAGCAUUACAAAAAGAUUUGUGAAUGCUUAGAGCCAGUGAUUGGAGUUAAGGCUAAGGAAGAUAUUGGACAGGCUUUAGUACUACAAAUGCAUCAUCAAGGAAUGGCAGCUGAAUUUUUAACAGAAAUCAUUACACUUGAUUUACUUCGUGUUGGUGAUCAACGGCUAACAUUCCGUGGAAAUUCACUAGCUACAAAGAGCAUGGAAGCUUUUCUUAAACUUACCGGUGAACAAUACCUUCAGGAUACACUCUCAGCACCAAUAAAUGAAAUAAUUGCAUCAGAACGUGAUUGUGAAGUUGAUCCAUUAAAGGCAAGUGGCUCUCUGUCACGUCAACAACAGUCAUUGAGAAGUGCUGUAAAGCUUGCAUGGAAUGCUAUUUAUGACAGUCACCGACAAUUUCCAUCACAACUUCGGGAGUGCUUUGCCACCUUUCGUGAACGUUUAUUAAACAUAAAUCGUGAGGAUAUGGCUGAUAAUUUAAUAUCUGCAAGCAUAUUCUUAAGAUUCCUUUGUCCUUCAAUUUUAUCGCCGAGUCUAUUCAACAUUACAAAUGAAUUGCCAUCACAACGAGCGACGAGGAACUUGACACUUGUCGCUAAGACACUUCAGACUCUUGCGAACUUUACAAGAUUCCAAGGCAAAGAAAAUUUUAUGGAAUUCUUGAAUGAUUUCCUUGAACAGGAAGCUCCUCGAAUGAAGGACUUCCUCAAUAAGAUUUCUUCACGUGCGGAACUCCAUCACAACGAUACAAUCCUUGAAUGGUCAGGCUACAUUGAUCAAGGCAAACAAUUGUCAGUCCUACACUCACUCCUGACCGAGAAUCUCCCCAAGUUACCACCACAAAAGCAAAAUGAAAUGACACAAUUGACAUCGAUACUCGAUCGUGUCAGUCAAAUUAAAGAAUCAACGGAGAAUAAUUACCAACGGCACUUAUCGGAACAGAAUUUCCAAUCGAUGGAUAAAUUGAAUGGAAGACAACCAUCGAUGAGCUCAUUACAUGGAUUACCAAGUCAACCAAAUCCUGAGAGAGGAAUCAUUCGUGGUGUUUUGACACCAAAUUCAUUGCAGAAAAAUAUUUUCUGCUACAACGAUCCAACUGUCUACUCCCUCCUUAACGGAGAACAAAAAAUGAGCUUCAAUCCACUCCAGCAUUCACAUUCAACAUCGAGUAUCCAAUCAUCUCAUCUUCAUAACAAUUCAAUCAUGAAUAAUGCAAACAGUAUUCAACAUCAUAAUAUAACUAGCACUAAGCGAGAUAAUUACUAUCAAAUUACAAGCAGUUUGGCACGAAAUGAGCCAAAGAGUCCGGCAUCAUCAUCGAUGCGUGCGAGUACACUGCCAAGAAAUAAUCAACAAAUUCAAAAUGAUGAGACUAAUAUCAUACAAAUUGGACUUGAUCCGAGUAAUCCAUUCUCAAGGAAGAGUCCAACGCCGAGAAUGCAUCAAGGCUUAUUGACAACAGCAAAUGCAAAAGCUCAACCAUCCGUGUAUACGAAUGGACGUCAAUUAAAUGGCUCACAAUUAAGUUUGAUAAGUGAUCGAUCACAGAACCAAUAUUAUCAUAUUCAGCAACAGCAACAUCAUAUUCAACGUACGAAUGCAUUGAAUUUAGGCAUACCACAUACUGAAGCUGGUUCGUCAUCAUAUGAAUCACCAAAUAGCAAUAUGCCACGUGAUCUCGAAGAUUUUGAUGACUUAAUUAAAUACAGUGAGGAAAUGGAACAGCGACAACAAAAAAUACAAGACCCAAGUGGCAUCCACCAUCAUCCAAAUUUGAAAGCAAAGGGUAGCAAUGUCUCGAUUGGUCAUUCAUCUGGCUAUCAAUCUAUUCAAACGCAAUCACAGAGUUCCAGUCCAAUUGAGAAUGUGAUUAUAACAUCAAAUGGUCAUCCAAAUGUAAAUGCACAGUCAAUCAUUCAGCAAAAUAUUGAAUUCUUUAAUGCUAAAAUUCAAAAUUCGAGUUCAUCAAGUAACGCAAGCACAACAACACGUCCUACAAAAUUAAAUGGAAAAUACGGUUACAUAAGUCCAAAAUAUUCAGUCAAUCCACCACUCGCAUUCAAGAAUCCACUCUAUCAACUACAAAAUGGCACUAAUAUUGAUGCAAAGAGUUCAUCGCUGACACCAUCAAGUAGUGAGGAGAGGAUAACAAUAGAUGACAGACAAAACGUUUUGAAUAAUAAUAAUUUAGUCUCAUCAUCGACAAAUGUGCCGGGUGUAAUCGAUACAUCAUCGCUUAAUGGACGUAGAAUGGGCAGUAAUCGAAUGCCAAGAACAAAUCCACUUGUUCAGUAUAAACGUGAUGAUGGAAUUUACGACAAUCAUCAUAAUAAUAAUAAUAACAAUAAUAUCCCCAACAUCAACAAUAAUAACAAUAAUCAGUUGGCAUAUUUCAACAAUCGAUAUGAGCGUCGUCUUAGUGUUGAGUCGGCAAGGACAUUAUCAGACAGUUCAAGUGAUACAGAAGUUCAUCAUCAUAAAGAAGGCAAACGACGUCGUAACAUGAACAAAUCGUCAAUCGAACAAUGCGAGAAAGAAAUUCAUCGAUUACAAUCGAGUGUUGAUAUUUUACGUCAGAAAUUGGAAGAAUCUGAGUUAAAGGAGACGAGCGAUAGUAUUGACGCAUUAGCGAAUCAGAGUGACAGUAAAAUUAGAAGUAUUAUAUCAAGAUUGCUGGCAAUGGAAGAAGAGCUUCGACGUGAACAAUACAAAAUGUCUCUAAUAAUAAAUCACAAGCAACGCGUUAUCGAAGCACAAGGUCAACAAAUUGCAGAGCUAGAUGCUGCCAAUAAUCGUCUAUUAUCCGAGUUGACAUGCUUAAGAAAUCGAUAUGAAAUGAAAAAUGGAACUUUUCAAGAGAAGCAAGUGUUGGCUGUAACGGAGGAUGAUGACACGACCAAUUUUUAAACACAUGAAAUGAGAAAUGGGAAGAAAGAUAAAUUCACAAAUGUUUAAGUAGUUAAUUAAGUAGUAGAUGACGACAAGAAAUAAUUAAUUAAUGUUAAUUUUGUGGAACCAGGAAAAAAUGCCAAAAAUUUUUUUUGUAAAAAAAGCUGAAAUAGAGUUGAUAAAUUCAUGAAUUCUUUACUGCAAUGUACAUUAAAAUGAAAAUUCAUAACAAAUUAAUCACCAAAACCUCCCCCAAAAAGCAUAAAUAUUCUUCCUUCUUUUUCCAUCUCUUAACUUACUUAGACCACUGACAUGAAAAAUGUAUGUAAUUUUAAGGCUUAUAGAUCCGGUUCAUAAGUUUUGUAUUUAGUGCAUUAUGAGGAUGAAAAGAUUGUAUGACCAAAGUUGGAAGGAGCCUUAGAUCUUUGAUUUUACAUGACAAUUCAGAUUAUUGACCUUGCUGGAUGUGAAAGCUACUUUAAAUUCAUGAAACUUUGUAAUUUUUUGGUACCUUUUUAAUCAAAGCUAAUGAAUUUUUAGUGGAGCUAUGAUGAAGUUGAGUAUAUGGCUAAUCCGAAAAGAAAGUUAUCCAACCUAAACCCAAUCCUUCCAUACUCCACCUUACUCUCCAACCACAACAAUCUCAGCAAGGUCAUGAAUAAAUAAUAAUCAAAAAUCAAUCCUCACAAAAAAAAUAAAAACAAUUUCUAUAAAAACUUUAUGUCAGUCUAGAGCUUUUCCUUAUCGACCAAAGAACAAUUUCUAUUUCAUAGCAAAAAGAAACAAAAUAAAAAAAUCAUUGAAAGAAACUUAAAAGCAAAUGCUUCAUGAAUAUAUGAAUAUAAUAUAUUAAAUUCUUAUAAAUAGUUGAAAUUUUUUGGGGAUCUUAAAAUCCCUAUCAAAAAAAAAUAUAUAUUUUUUGCUGCCCAAAAAAACUAAUCAAAACUCUGCAAUUGAGUCUCGAUUGCUUCUUGACAGCCAAAAAAUCACUUUGUAACAAAUAACUUAAUUACUAAUAGUAGAAGUGCUGAGCAUUAAAAAAUAAUAAUCAGUAAAAUCUCGUCGCAAUACAAAAAGGAAGAAAGAAAUUCUUUUCUGUAGCUGUAAUUUAUAAAAUAAAAAAUACAAUUUGUAGCAAUUUGAUUGAAUGUAGAAAAUUUAAAUAAUUUUUUUUAUAUUAAAAAUUUUUAGUCUUUAAAAAUUCACUGUUUUUAUUAUUUUUUUCUUCAACAAUUUUUUUUGUUUGAUAUUUAAUUAUUGAGGAAAUGGAAGAGAAUAAAGCAAAAAUGCGAGUAUUAUUAAUGCAUAUUUUGUAAAAUCUAUGAAGAAAAAUUAUUAUUCUUAUUAUUAUUACAUAUUGUCGAGUUUUUUUUGCGCAAAUAAUGCAUGAAAAAUAAAGUGCAGAGUACAAUACAUGCAGACACAUCAAAACAUUAAAAAUUAAACUGUCUUUUGUCUUGUUUUUGAAAUUUCAGAGGGGGUGGGCAAAAGAUGUGCUUCUAGAAAUCAAACUGACUUCAGCAAAGGUGCUUGAACAUUGAACUGUGGUACUAAUGUGGAGUUUUGUUGAUUUUUCCUUUCAGAUUUGAGUGUUUUUAAGGCUACUUUCAUGUUAGCAAUUUAAAUGCCAUUGACACAAUGUGUUGCCCGGAUCAAACCAAAUACUCAAGAAACUAUGACACAAAGUCAUCAAAAGUCAUGAUUCCAUCAACCAACUCGACUUCCCAUCUCAAUAUUCACAUCCUUACCUCUCAAUCCAAUUUAAAAAAAAAUCCAUAUGCACCACACUCCAAUCUUCAAUCACCUCAUCUCCCAUCCCAUAUUCAAUUUCAUUUCUAAAUUUCAGGAUAAGCACUGCCGAUGUAAUUCGUUCCUCUAUAUCUGAAUGUAUGCGUGACAAUAUUAAAAUCUUUUCCGCCGUAAGCCAUUCGGCACUCUUGAUCUGGUCUCACUUCAAAGCAUACGGUAUAUAAAGCUAGCUCCAAUUCCGGUGAUGUACCGAUGAAUAACGAAUUUGAUGGUUUAUCAAGGCCAUUCAAUGCAAAACGAAUUUUUGCGAUUUGUCCUUUCUGAUUGUGAAAGAAUUUUCUUUAGCCAUCCUUUGUAGUCGACAUCCCUCGACUUCUCUUGUUCAGUCAAAUAAAUGUAGUUAUGUAAUCCAAUCACAUUACCCUCCUUUACUUCCGACAUGAAUACAUGCUCAAAUCCAGAACUACUAAUCUUUCCGUGACCUCUCGAAUACAUUCCAAACCAAAUUGUUUUUAAAAGUUCCUUAUGUGUUGCUGGAUCAGCUGUAACAACUCCUUUUUGGGUCAAAAAGUUCAU